CAUCAAAUCAGAAUUCACUAUAAGAAUUACACACAGUGUACAACAUUAUUGAGAUCUCACAAAUAGCAAUACGUGAUUACACAAUCCAUUGCAACAUUUUGAAACAGUUCCAUAAUGUAUAGAAUUUCAAAUAUACCAAUCAAUUAAAAGUACAAAAUCUAACUUAACAACAGUUCUGAAAGAUUCAAUUUGGCACAUGUAUUAUUGAAAUCGUUAAUUUGAUUUGAAGACAUCAAAUAAAAUCGUUGAAUGUCUAUGCAUGUUUCCAAAUGGUGGAAGAAUUCUACACAACAAUUCAAAAUCAAACAGUUACACAAAAUAGAUGCUCAGUUUUGUGGGAACAAACUUCCUCCAAACAUGAUUCAUUCUUCGACAUCUGAAAAAAUUCUAAUACCCAUAGUUACUGGACUCGAAGUAAAGGCAAAGUUUUAAAUCUGGGCGAGUUAUCAUGCAAAGCAAGAACAAUUUAAAUACACAAUGAUGUUACUUUACAUUACCCAUUACAUCUUGAUUGCGUGGUUUCUUGUAGCCAGCUGUCUCACUAUUGAUGGUGUUCAUAACGGAGUACGUACUCUAUAACAUUGAGCACUUCAUCAGCGCAAAACAUUGCAUAGAGAUAACCACUUUCAAGGCCCCUCACACUGGUGAUAUACAAUCUCAAAGUCAUCUGUCGUAUAUAGGACGUAAAAAAACGUCCACAUGACCGGAGACGUCGCAGUGACUGCUAGCAUAUACACUACAUAGAAGUAAUUUGUAGUGUAUACAACGCAUUGGACAUCUAUGUCGAUCGACACACACAACCUACGUGAACGGCUUCUUUUUAUGUCGAGCUGUGUUGUGGAUUCGAAAAGACCUGCUCACACUCAAGUCGAUGUUGUAAGCUUUUUCACACCUUAAACCUAUGGAUAUGUUAAAAUUCACGUGAUGUACUCGCAUUACCACAUAUAUCUUGGAGAGACAGAGAUCACACUAAGCGAUAGCGACAAAGACACAACAGUACAAUCUACAGGGAUGGUUCUCUACAUUGCCUCAUGUUGUUGUGCUUUCGAAGAGUGAUAUCGAGUUGCGAAACCGUGUCUGUAUGACCGAAACUCACGUGAUGUCUACUCAUUGGCUCAUUGGUCACAUGUCAGGCGAGACGAUACGCGAGCACGAGAAGUUGAGUUAAUUACGGGUACCGAGAAUCAACAAGCGCUGGAUUGCUCAAAGAGGGCGAUUGCAACGCCCAUGCAAGGAGAUCUAGCUCUCAACUCAUUCGUAGCCACUUAUUCAAGAAUCUAGAAGAAUAGAAGACGAGACAAUGCAACAGAGAAACAUGUAGAAGUGUGCCUAUAGCGCAGAAACUGUGGUGCAUAAAACUGUGGUGCAUAAAAUGCAAAAUUCAUUCUAGAUAGGGAAAGUUUGGGACAAGACAAGCAGAGGGACUUGUGGAGGUGUGCCUAGCAAAAGGACUGUGGCGGUUAAUUAAAGUAAAGGGUAUUACCUAUCUAGGGGAAAUUGGGGACGAGACCAACAGAGGGAAUUGUUACAGGGACUGUUGCGCAAGAAGAUAAAAUUUCCCGAGUUCCGUAGCAUAUAUAUUACUCGCUUCAACUGAUCGUUUAUUUUGAACGAAUUGAGUGAAGGCACAAUACAGGUAUCCAAACAACGCAUUCCUCAAAACGUCUGACGUUCUCUAGAAUCGACGGAAACUCUGUGUUCUCAAAAUGUCGACGAAUUGCAGUGCAAAGCAACUGUUGUGGAAAUCCACAAUAAUAUUAGUCAUCAGGCUAUGUAUAUUGGUUCAAAGCGCCAUACAACAAAGCAAACGUUCUCAUGUUGACCAUUCAACAGUAAUGGAAUCUGCUCAAAAUGUGAUGAUUAACAAUGAAACGGAAAACAUUCCUUUGGAUUUUAACACACGAGGAUGGCAAACUUUCGACAGUUGGAAUAUCAAUGAACCACAAGUAACCAACUACGGAAAAGUAGCGUACAGCGUCAAGAUUGGAAAUCAAUCAAAACAUCAUUUACUGAUUUCAUCACAAGGAUCUGGCCGAUUUCAAUUUUCUCGUGAUAACCCAAGCAUAUCUGAAAACUGGCUGUACACUGUAAACGCUAACUCGUGGCAAACAGUAAACACUGGUGAUAUCCCGUGGCCAAGAACACCCAGUGAUCCUGUCAUGGUUCAACUUUGCUCCAAGAUUAUUGCUUUUACUUCAAUUUGGUAUACUACACCUUCUACCUCAAUCGACGUGUGGACAUUUGACACAGUCCUGCUCAAUUGGCAGAAAACCAAAGUAGACGGUGACUUUCCUGACUGGAUUUCCUUUCCCACCAACAUUUCCUUCGAUUUAGUCGCAGUUGCUGUUCAGCAGUCACAGACAAACUGCCAAUGCAAUCAGUCUGCUUUCAUCAUGCCCUCUAUAUUCCAUUAUCCAAAUGGAGCGUCCGAAAUGCGAUGUGUUAGUCGAAACGGCUCUGAAAGCUACAAAUGGGUUGCCUUAAAAUAUAACCUCAGACCUACGUCAGACAAUUGGAUCAUGGCUUCAAUAUAUACAAGUAUCAUCAUUUAUGAUAUCGAUUUUAAAACUUUAUGGAAGUUUGAAAAUGACGUAUGGAGCAAUGUCAGUACACUCCCAGAUCAUUUGACGCCAUUUCAAAACCCUGACGAAUCACGAUUCGGCUCUGCUGUUGCAACAAAUAACGCUAGUUACAUAAUUUUCAGCCUUGAUGACAGCAAAGUCCUGCGUUUUGACUUCAAACGGAAUGAAUAUAUUAUUGAAAACGUUGCAGGCAACAUUCCUGAUGUUUGGUAUGACCCAAUAGUGUCCAGCAUUUUUGAAGAUGACAAUACCAUUAUUGUAUUUACAAUCAACCAGCGUAUCAGUAGAACAAGAAUUUGGAAAUUUAUCUACAAAAACCAAGUUUGGUUUUGGGAAAUAUUGCCAAGUCCUGACUUCGUACCUUCCUUUUACCCUGAAGCGACUUACAGUAUAAAAAACAACUAUCUAACACUUUGGGGAGAAUUUCCAGAGACACCUGAUCAAGAUACGAGGAAUAAAAUUAUAUGGGACUUAGAUUUAGUAAGUAUGCAGUGGUUGUUUAAAGUCAAAAAACAAUUUUCCACAAGCAAUUCUUAUGAAGCUAGUUGCUGGAUCGGUAGUUGCUUUGUUGCAAUUUCCAACGGCGAUUCCCUUUACAAUGUCGACGUAUGGAUUUAUAAUACAACUGACAACAAAUGGAGAUUGAUAUCAACUCCAUCAGUAGAAGUGUUUCCUUCAAUGUCUUUUGUAGCUGCUAAUAAAACUACUGCAAUCUUAUUUGGUGGAGCAGAGAAGGUCUCUCUUGGAAGUGUAACCUGGAUAAUGCACCUUAAACCAGUGUUUCGGUGGAGGCAAGCUGCAGGAGACAUAGCGCAUUCCAUUCGACCUAGCGCACGCUGGAAUCACGCCGCAGUCAUGAUGCAAUCCAAAAUGUACAUGUUUGGAGGACUUAGUAUUUCUUUAGAAACUCUAAAUGAUCUGUGGGUGUUUGAUGUCAAAACAGAAAGAUGGUCAGAAGUGAUAGCUGACAAUAGAGGAUUUACGUUCUUGAAUCAUUUCGCAUACUCUUAUUCUGCAGCUUCAACGCCUGGUCAACUGCUAAUCACUGUAAUGAUGUACGAAAAAGGAAGUACCAUUAAAAACGGCAUACGUGUGGAAACAUGGAUGUAUAUUGUACACGCCAAAAUGUGGGAAUUCAUUACAUUGUGGUCUCCAAAAUCACAUUUAGACGGUCUACUAACUGUAACGUCACACAAAACAUUCUAUUGGAAAGGAUUUCUUGUAUUUUUCAACUUUGUACAAAAGAAAAUGCCCUUCUCAUGA